UCCAUUAACCUUUCUCCUCUUGCACAUCAAACGUGCUAUUCAUGGCUUGUACUGUAUACACACAGUUAUAGCUUUGAAAUUUGUAUAUAUACACGAAUAUAUAUAUAUAUAUUGAAGCUGAUUUGAUUCUUUGGUUGAGGUGAGAAAUGACGAUUGACGACGACAAAUCGGUAUACGUCGGUGGACUACCAUACGAUACUACUGAAGACAACGUUCGCAAGGCAUUCGAAUUGUAUGGAUCGGUCGUUGCCGUUAAGAUAAUUAAUGAUCGUGGUGUUGGGGGAAAAUGCUAUGGCUUCGUUACUUUCACAAAUUCGCGAUCAGCAGUUGAUGCUAUCAAUGACAUGAAUGGCAGGACUAUUGAUCGACGAGUUGUGAGAGUAAAUGAAGUAAGAGCUAGAGGUGGGAAAUCAAAUUUUGGUCGUGAAAGUUUUCGACGGAACCCCGAGAGGGGCACAGACUGGCAUAGGGGCAGAGGUCGAGAAAGGGAUUAUGAUCAUGAUAAGGAUCAGUAUUUGGAUCGAAAUAGAGAGCGAUCUCGGGACCAUGACCAAGACAGGGAAAGAGGAUCUGACCGUGAACGAGAUCACGUUCGAUCAAGAGAUCGUUUCAUAGAUAGAGAUAGAGAUCGAGAUGAAGAUAGAGAUAUGGAGGAUACUGAGCAUGAACAUGAUAGGCACCAUGAAUGGGAGCGGGAAAGAGACCGUGAAAUGGAUGGAGGUCGAGAAAAGGAGAUAAAGAGAACUAAGGAUCAUCUGAAAAGUGGAGACAAGGAUAAAGAUUAUACACCGAAGAAAGGGAAUGGCAGCUCUAAUUUGAGUGACCGACAUAGUAGGGAGCUUUCAUCAGAUUCGAGUGAUGACAAUUGUGAUAAGGUGGAGGAACAAUUGAACCUUUCAAAGCAAAGGCUUGAAGAACUUCAAAAGGAGAUACCGCAGAUAGAAGUCUUGGCAGACGAGAAACGACAAAUUGUUUCAAAAUUACAGGAGAAAUCACAGAAAUUGGAGGAUGCAUUGACAACUGCAAAGAAACUCUCCUCUCACCGUCGGAUGCAAUUGAUCAAGCUGCAUAAAUGUUAUGAGCAAGUAAAAGACUACAAUGAAAGACUUAAAAGCUCUGAACAGGAGCUUCAGUCUCUCGUUGAUGCAACAAUGAUAGAGGUUGAUGUUGGUAAUGAUGCGAGCUUUGGGACGGGGUCCUAACAAAUGGCAAUGCUUGAUGAUGAACUGAGGUCCAACAGUCCAUUGGCAUUUGAUGGGUGCAGCUUCAUUUAUUGUAUUGUAUUUUUCCUUUUGGUACGAGUUAUAUUCAUAUUUACUUGCACAUUUCUUUAAAUAUAAAUAUAUAUGUUUAUUUUGGAUAGGCAGGUGAGGACAGAUAUCUUUACAAAAAUUGUUGGUGAUCAACUCAUGCUAUUCUCAAAUGUUUAUACCAUCAAAGUUUUUCUGAUUA